AUGCAUGGAGGUGAAGGUUGGACGGUGAAGCUGAUAUGUGGGAUUCACAACCAUGAAUUGGCAAAGACCUUAGUUGAACAUUCAUAUGCUGGGAGAUUGACAGAUGAUGAGAAGAAUAUCAUUGCUGAUAUGACGAAGUCGAAUGUGAAACCAAGAAACAUCCAGCUAACGUUGAAAGAGCACAACGCCAACAGUUGCACCACAAUCAAACAAAUCUACAAUGCAAGAAGUGCAUAUCAUUCUUCAAUCAGAGGAGAUGACACUGAAAUGCAACACCUAAUGAGGCUCCUUGAACACAGUACCUACAAAACAAAUAGGUACAGGCUCCCAUUGCUUGACUUUGUGGGGGUGACACCAAACGGGAUGACUUUCUCUGCUGGGUUUGCAUAUCCGGAGGGUGAGCGCGUGAACAAUCUUGUAUGGGCAUUGGAAUGGUUUCACAUAGACAAGAAUGUGAAGGCAAAGUGCAAAUUGCUAAUUAGUCAGAAGAAUGCCUGA